AGUUGAGGGACGCGUCACCAGAAGCUGCGACUCCACUCAUUCCCUUCUCCAUCUCAGGUGACCUCGAGCUAGCACAUGAGUGUACCAUGGCACACCUCUCAGCUACUUUCAAGUGAGAUAGGAACGAUGUGGUACUUCCCGCCUGCUGCUCGAGGCUUUAAUGAGAACAUUCCUGACUUCAAGCCAUUCUCCGGUUCCAGAGGUCUUGUGAAGUACAAAACAUGUACUCAUUUUAUUAUUUUGGGGUAUUUUAAAACUUCACCCGGCAUGCUGAACGCCCACACUCUGAAAAGUUUCACUGACUCUUUGGAUGGAUUUUAGAAUUUCUUUUCUGGCAAGUCUGACCAUGGAGACUCUUCUGUUGACCCUGCUUGGACUGAACACAGUGAUGGGAAUGAGUCACUGGUGUGAACACACAGUGGAAGAGAAGCUGGAGCAAGUCUUGUCCCCUCGUCUCCAGCUGGAGGUCAGCUGCUCUCAGGUGUACCAGUACAACACCCAGGGCUGGAGGCUCGACGUGGACGGGAUGAGAGUGAGGCACGGAGGAGACGACGGCAUAGCGUUGUAUUACAAACAACAGGGUCUUAAGGCAUCAUGUCUACUCUUCAAACCCCCUGAGAUGGAGAUCCAGACGGUGAACAAGACAGUGAGGUCCUGCUGCGUGGGCUGGAGUGGACCACGCUGCACUGAGGGAGUCGGAUCGCGAGGUCAGUGCUUCUCCACCUGGAGCUGUGAGGAAUUCCCAGGAGUCCACAACUCCUCCCUAAUGAGUAUGGAGCAGUGCUGCAACACUUUAUGGGGCCUGAGCUGGAGGAAUGCCUCGGACAUGACCUGCCUGUCUUGCACAUACACACUUCUUCCAGAUGCACAGUCUUCACCUUUUGUGCGUGGCGGUCUUCUGCGGAGCAUGAGGAUCCCACAGAGUUCCGCCUCCUGCAUGUCCUGGGGUGGAACUCACUAUCGCACUUUCGACAAGAAGCACUUCCACUUCCAGGGCAGCUGCACUUACCUGUUGGCGGCGUCUACAGAUGGAACCUGGGCGGUCUACAUCAGCACAGUGUGCGACGGCAGAGGGGACUGCAGCAAGGCUCUGAGGAUGAUGAUGGGUCUAGAUUUAGUGUCCAUUCUCCAUGGGAAUCUAACCCUCAACAACAUGGCAGUCGCAAAUGGAGAAUCUCUCUUUCAAAAUGGGGUCAGUGUCCACUGGCUCGGUGACUUUGUGUUUGUCGAAAGUGGCCUAGGAGUGCGGGUUAAGUUUGACCGCGUCAACACUGUUUAUCUAACGGUCACGGCUGAGCACCUGUCAGCCACUAGGGGGCUAUGUGGAGUCUACAACAACAAUGGAGAGGAUGAUUUCACUACAAUGGGGGGCAGAGUGUCACAAUAUGCCGCCAGCUUUGGCAAUUCAUGGAAGGUUCCGGACCAUCAGAAUCAGGGCUGUAGUGAUGCCGCUGAACUGGGCCACAGCUGCAAUGCCGCCGGAGACCCAAACUUGCGCAGACAGGCUGAAACUAUAUGCCACCGGCUGCAAGAACAACCCUUUUCUCAGUGCCACCAACAGUUGGAUCCGACCGCAUACAUCGACACCUGCUUGUACCUAUUUUGCAGCCUUCCAUCCAAAGAAAGGGAGGCAGCAGUGUGUGACACAAUGGCGAGCUAUGCCCGAGAGUGUGCGCAAGAGCAUGUCAUCCUGAUUUGGAGGACAGAUUCACUGUGUGGUCGUGUUUGUCCCAAAGGCCAAGUGUUUUCGGACUGUGUGUCCUCAUGUCCUCCCAGCUGUGCCUCGCCAUAUUCCUUUGGGUCUUCUGCCAUGGUGGGCCGAUGCAGAGAGGAGUGUGUGGGGGGCUGCGAGUGUCUUCCAGGACUUUACCUUCACCAAGGACUUUGUCUCAAAAGAGACGAGUGUCCGUGUUUCCACCGCAGACGCACCUACCAGUCAGGCGACAAGAUACAGCAGCGGUGCAACACCUGUGUCUGCAGAGCAGGUCAGUGGCAGUGUACAAAGGAAAAGUGCGCUGCCCAGUGUAGCCUCAUGGGAGCAGUGCAGGUCACCACCUUUGAUAAGAAGAGAUACUUCCUGAAAGGAGGGAACUGCCCCUUCACUGCUGUGGAGGAUUUUGUUGACAGAAAGCUGGUGGUGAGUGUGAGGAGUGGCGAGUGUGCAGUAAAUGGACAAGCUGGUGCAGGAGCACUGGGCUGUCUGAGGGAGAUGUCUGUCACAGCUCUUCGCACCUCUGUUACCGUCACCGACACCGGCAUUGUGAUGCUUAAUGGUCAGAGGAAACAGCUACCUGUCGUGACUGGAGAUCUGAUCGUACGAAGGGCCUCCUCUUCUUUUCUCAUGGUUCAGACGUUUGGGGCCCAGCUGCUCUGGCACCUCGAUGGUCCUCUGAUUCUGAUCACGUUGCAGCCUCACUUUGCAAAUAAGGUUCGGGGCUUGUGCGGGACGCUCACCUGGAACCAGCAUGAUGAUUUCAUGACUCCAGAGGGAGAUGUGGAGAACAGUGUCACUUCCUUUGCCAAGAAGUUCACCACAGAGCAUUGCCAUCUGCCAUCAGGCGUGCCCACUGACCCCUGUGCCACGUACACACAGAGGAGACAGUACGCUGAUGCCUUGUGCUCCGCCAUACACAAUAUAGUAUUUAAGGCUUGUCAUGACGUGGUGGAGCGGGAGCCAUAUUUCCGCCUCUGUCUAUCUGAGGUGUGUAGCUGUGCAACCCAGAGAGACUGUCACUGCGCAGUCCUGACUGCCUAUGCUCGGCAAUGUGCCCAGGAGGGUGUUACCAUCCAGUGGCGCAACGACGCCUUCUGUCCGGUCAAGUGUUCUGGGGGUCAGGUGCACCAGGAGUGCGGUCGAGCUUGUGGAAGCUCAUGUGCAGACCUUCAGCAGGGAUGGAGUUGUGAUGGUGGAGAGGGAACACUUUGCGUGCCGGGGUGCCAAUGUCCUCCAGGACUAGUGCUGGACAACCAGGGUCAGUGUGUCCCCAUCACUAUGUGUCCGUGUAUGCAAGAGGACAAGAUACAUCCGCCCGGUUCGAUCAUUCGUGAUAAAUGUAACACCUGCGUUUGUGAAAGAGGAGUGUUUAACUGCACUCAGAAGCGCUGCGAUGUCAACCAGUGCCCCGGUUCUCUGGUCUACUCUCCCCGCUCUUGUUUGCUGACUUGCUCCAGUUUGGAGCCUGCCCAGCAGCAAGGGUCCAGUCUGUCAAGUUGUAGAGAACCGCUGUCUGGGUGUGUCUGCCCACCUGGAACUGUGCUACUGGGAGAUCGCUGUGUUCCACCAGAAGAGUGUCCGUGUCAUCAUAAUGGACGUGUCUACUACAGCAACGACACCAUCACUAAAGACUGUAACACAUGUGUGUGUAAAGAGCGUCUCUGGCACUGCACCCAGUUGGUGUGUGCAGGCAUAUGUGUGGCCACCGGCGACCCACACUAUGUGACCUUUGAUGGACGAGCCUUCUCUUUUCUGGGCGACUGCCAGUAUGUCCUGGCCAGGGAGACCAGUGGGUUGUUCAGUGUCACAGCUGAAAACGUGCCCUGCGGGAGCACUGGAGUGACCUGCACCAAGUCUGUGACACUUAGCCUGGGGAACACUGUCAUCCAUCUGCUGCGUGGUAAAGCUGUGACUGUUAAUGGGAUGCCUGUCACCUUACCCAAGUCAUACAGUGGCAGUGGUCUCACUCUGGAGAAGGUGGGCUUGUUUGUGUCGCUCUCUUCAAAAUUUGGUGUCACCCUGCUGUGGGACGGAGGUAUGCGGGUCUAUGUGCGUCUGGCGGCACAUUUGCGCGGUCGAGUGGGAGGCUUGUGUGGUAACUUUGAUGGCGACACGGAGAACGACUUCACCACACGGCAAGGAAUAGUGGAGUCCACACCAGAACUGUUUGGGAAUUCCUGGAAGCUCAGCCCCUCUUGUCCCGAUGUGUCGGACCAGGACCUCCGGGACCCCUGCGCUCUCAAUCCUCACCGAGUGACAUGGGCCAGGAAGAGAUGCGCUGUCUUGACCCAGGAAUUGUUUUCCAUGUGUCACCAUGAGGUGCCGUUUCAGCAAUACUAUGAGUGGUGUGUCUUUGACGCCUGUGGGUGUGACUCAGGUGGAGACUGCGAGUGUCUCUGCACCGCCGUUGCUUCCUAUGCUGAGGAAUGUAAUCGCAGGGGAGUCUACAUCCACUGGAGGUCCCAGGAACUUUGUCCUCUGCAGUGUGAGAAUGGUCUGGUGUAUCGUCCCUGUGGACCUGCUUGUUCUCCGUCUUGUCCCAGUGUCCAGUCAAGUCCACAUUCCCAGUGCGACGUCCUGUCCUGUGUGGAAGGUUGUUUCUGUCCUGAAGGCACUGUCCGACAUGGUGACAGCUGUCUCCCUUCGACUGAGUGUCCUUGUGAGUGGGAUGGAUCUAUGUUUCCACCUGGAACCAAAGUCACUCAACACUGCCAGAACUGUUCUUGUGAAAACGGCUUGUGGAAAUGUGAGGGAGAGGCCUGCCCCCCACCGAAUCCUCCCUGUCUGGACUCGGAGUUCUCCUGUGAUGGAGGACGCUGCAUCCCCUCCCAGUGGGUGUGCGACAACGAAGAUGACUGCGGCGAUGGCUCAGAUGAGAUUUGCCCUUUCACAUGUUCUCCUGAUCAAUUCCGUUGCACCAACUCACAGAGCGGACAGUGUUUAGACAUAACUCAACGAUGUGAUGGACGCGCGGACUGUACAGACCAGUCAGAUGAGGAGUUCUGUGGACCCACGACCUUGGUGCCCCUCUGUCCACCAGGGGAGUUUCAGUGUGCAAAUGGAAAAUGCCUCCGUGCCUCUCGUGUUUGCGAUGGUCGGCUUGACUGUGGCUUUGCAGACAGUUCAGAUGAACAAGACUGUGGAGUUGUGUGUGACAAAGGGGAGUUCAUGUGCGCCGGAGGGCGCUGCAUUCUCUACCUCCACCGCUGUGAUGGACACGACGACUGUGGUGACCUGAGUGAUGAAAGAGGGUGUGUGUGUGCACCAGCAGAGUUUCAGUGCCCAGAGGAGAAGUGCAUUGCUGCCACCCAAGUUUGCGAUGGACGCAGAGAUUGCGACUCUGGGACAGAUGAAGCUAUCUGUCUAGGUAAAGUCACUUGUGGGUUGGACCAAUUCGCCUGCACCGAUGGAACUUGUGUGUCCACCGCCAAGCUCUGUGACGGAACCACAGACUGUCCUGCUGGUGAAGAUGAAUACACUAACAACUGCAUCUCUGUUCUUGUCACACCGCCUCCAUCACCUGUCACCCCCACAACUGCACCCUCAGCCUGCAGAUCGUACGAGUUCAGCUGUGCCACAGGCGGCCAUUGUAUUCCGCAGGCCUGGCACUGCGACGGAGAGACAGACUGUAUGGAUGGGAGCGAUGAACAUAAUUGCCCUGGAGUCUGUGAACCUGGUCAGGUGGUCUGCGCCAGUGGAAAUCAAUGUGUGCCUUAUCAGAAGAUGUGUGACGGGACAAUGGACUGCAAGGAUGCCUCAGAUGAGAGCAUUGACAACUGCGGUUCAACGAAGAUACCUCCGUGUCAGGGGAGCUUCUCCUGUGACAAUCAAACCUGUAUCAAUAUGUCACAAGUGUGUGACGGUGUGCCAGAUUGUCCACGGGGGGACGAUGAAUUUGUGUGUGAUAAAAGUGUGUCUCCAGCGCCACCUGGCAGCACCAACACCAGUGUUGCAUGUCCAGAGUUCACUUGUCUUGAUGGCUCUUGUCUCCCCUUCAACAUGAUUUGCAACAGCGUGGCAGACUGCCAUGACUCUUCCCUCACACAACUGGAUGCCGCUACAGAUGAACAGCACUGCCGGACCUGGAGCUCCUGGGGUGCCUGGAGUUCCUGUUCAGCGACCUGUGGCACAGGUUAUAUGAGCAGGACCAGAAGCUGCCCUCCAGGUGAUCCCUUGAGACAGUGCCGAGGUGAAGGCUUGCAGAGGCAGCAGUGCUUCAACACCACCUGCCCCGUGGAUGGUCAGUGGCUGCCCUGGGUGGUCUGGUCCAACUGUUCUAGUGACUGUGGAGGAGUGCAGGUCAAACACCGAGUCUGCAUACCACCUCGCUUCGGAGGUCAAGAAUGCUCAGAACCAGGGGUUUCCCUUCCGGCCAUGGAAAUCACUCCUUGUCCGAAUGAUGGAUGCUCCAACACCAGUUGUCCCAGUGGUUUGGUUAGACUUGAUUGUGCUCCUUGUGCAUUGUCCUGCGCCCACAUCAGCAGCGGUUUGACCUGUGACCUCUCAUCGCCCUGCUUCUCAGGCUGCUGGUGUCCAGAAGGCCAGGUGAUGAGCCACACACAGAAAUGUGUGCAUCCAGAGGAGUGUGGGUGUGAAGUUUCCGGUGUGCUGUACUGGCCUGGUCAGCAGAUAAAGGUGGGCUGUGAGAUAUGCACGUGCAUAAGAGGACAGCCUCAGAGAUGUCAGCCCAAUCCAGACUGUGUGGUCCACUGUGGAUGGUCUUCCUGGUCUGAGUGGGGCGAGUGUUUGGGGCCAUGUGGAGUCCAGAGUAUACAAUGGUCUUUCCGAAGCCCAAGCAGCCCUCAAAAAAUUGGAGACGGCAUCAACUGUAGAGGAAUCUACCGGAAAGCAAGACGAUGCCAGACUGAUCCUUGUGACGUAUGCGACUACCAUGGUCAAUCACAUGCAGUUGGAGACAGAUGGAUGGGAGACCAGUGCCAGCUGUGCCAGUGUAUCUCCAAGCAAACAGCGCAGUGUGUCACCUUCUGCCCCUUUACACUCACUGGAUGUCCACAUGGCCACAGUCUGGUGCCUCAGGAGGGAGACAGAUGCUGCUACUGCCAAGGGAAUGGCACCACUGCUGUUACGAUGCACCCCUUCACUGUGUCCCGUACAUCAGAGCCAGGAAGCACUACAGUGCUCAUUCCCACAUAUCCACUCCCUCCUGGUGAUAAAUGCUGGUCUCCCCUGGGUGUUCAGUAUUUGCCUCCCUCCAGUUUUCAGUCUUCAUCCCAUCAGCUUGGUCACCCCCCUGCAGCUGCGCGCCUUCACUCCUGGGACCCUCAGUCGGACCUGCAGGGUUGGAGUCCAGAACCAGAUGAGUAUGACAAUCUGCCGCAAAGAACCCCAGAUGGACAGCACAGCCAAACUCAGAGCCCAUACUUACAGAUCAACCUUCUGAAGUCUUUCAACAUCACUGGCGUGCUGACCCAGGGCGGAGGGGUGUUUGGCACUUACGUGUCUAGUUUCUAUCUGCAGUUCAGCCCAGACGGGAAACAGUGGCACACUUACAAGGAGCUGGUGACUGACGCUAGAUCCAGAGCAAAGAUUUUCCUUGGCAACCAAGACGAUCAGGGCGUGGCUGUUAGCAAACUGGAUAGGAUGGUGUCGGCUCAGUUCAUCCGCUUGCUGCCACACGACUUCCAUAAUGGCAUCUAUCUGCGCAUGGAGAUUAUGGGAUGUGAAGAUGCUGCAGGCACAGAUCGCACACCAUCGACCCAGUGUCCUUCUGGCCAGUAUGCCUGCUCAACCGGGCACUGUAUCGAGGAAUGGCAGCACUGUGAUGGGACUCCUGACUGUCCUGAUGGAGCUGAUGAAGUCGCCUGUCACAUUCAUGAUGGCAUAACCACCCAGUCUGACCGACCCCACACACCGACUCCUGCUCCGAUCAGAACACCGUCUAUGGCUGCAAUAACUCACCCAGGCACGCCAACAAAUGGUGCCCCUGGAUCUCGUGGGAUCUGUUCUUCACCCCUUGGACUGGAAGACGAGAGGAUUCAUUAUGGUCAGCUGACUUCAUCCACUUAUCGUGAGAACAACCCAGCUGACGCCGGCAGACUGAACAUCGUCCCUAAUGUGCAGGUUAUGGAGCCUGGAUGGAGCCCUUUGCCGACAGACCCUCAGCCAUACUUUCAAGUCGAUUUCCUGGAGCCUGUGUGGGUGUCUGGUGUGGUGACACAGGGCAGCGACCGGAUGUACGGUUAUCUCAAAAAAUAUCGUCUCGCUUUUGCCCUGGACAUCAGCACCUUCACCGACUACACAGAGAGUGGAGCACCUGGUGAACAGCCCCAGGUGUUCGAGGUGCAACUGGUGGGGAGUAACCCCGUAAUCCGCUGGUUGGGUCGCCUGAUCAAAGCGCAGUACCUGCGCAUUAUCCCUGUGGAAUUCAGACACACAUUCUACUUGCGUGUUGAGGUCCUCGGCUGCAGGGGAGAUGAACCAGUCACACCCAUAAGUGUGACCACAGCUCCUUCUAGUGCGGUGAAACCUACCCAGCAACGAUGUAAGCCUCGGCAGUUUGCCUGCAAAAAAAUUCGCCAGUGUGUCUCCCUCUCUGCUGUGUGCGACGGUCGAAAGGACUGCAAGGAUGGAUCAGAUGAGAACAAUUGUGCUUUCCCCAGUGGCUCUCCAGGGCUACUUAACCAAACCAGCUACACAGGCCGUCCUGGUUUCUAUGGCGAAAGCACUACAGGUACCCCCGGCCUGCAUACCACCAAGUUCCAUGGAGGCGUGCCAGGUGACACGCAUCAGUCUAGAUUUGCGAGAACCACAAUCCUAAACGAUUUGUCGAAUAAACCCCCCAUCUAUCCUGGAGUCACCCCAGGUCUUCCAGGACUGCAUCCCUCCCCAACCUCCAUGACUGGGAAGCCCGGCCUGCAAACGACAGGAGACUCUUGGACAACGUCGACUGAUGGCGGCUUGCCGAGAGUGGUUUGCGUUGAUGGACAGUUUUCAUGCCGCUUAUUCGGUUGUGUUGAGAAUGCUCAGGUGUGUGACGGCAAGAGAGACUGUGUCGAUGGUUCUGAUGAAGUCCACUGCGGCACCACACCGGGACAAAAUGAGGACCGCACAAGUUCCCUGAUGCCUACACUCUGCUCUCCGAAGCAGUUCUAUUGUGGGAGCGGGGAGUGCAUUCACGUGGACCGCAGGUGCGACCUGCAGAUCGACUGUGCCGAUGGCUCAGACGAGAAAGACUGCGUGGACUGCAUCAUGUCACCCUGGACUUCCUGGAGUGCUUGCAGUGUGUCCUGUGGCCUUGGGUCCUUGUUUCGGCAAAGGGACAUAAUGAGAGAGGCUUUACCAGGCGGCAAAUGUGGUGGAGCUCAGUUUGACAGUCGGGCCUGUUUCCCCCGUGCAUGCCCAGUGGAUGGGAAUUGGUCAGAGUGGACCGAGUGGUCACAAUGUGACACAUUGUGUGGAGGCGGUGUAAGGAAAAGGAUAAGAGCCUGCUCGGAUCCUCCGCCAAAGAAUGGAGGGAGAGAGUGUGAGGGUACGAGUCUACAGAGCCAGAGCUGCAACACCCAGCCCUGCACCAAAGAAGUGGGAACUCAAACAGGUUGUUUUAAUGGGAUGGUGCUGGUGACAGUGGAGGACUGUCUGGCUGGGAGGAUCAAAACUUGCCCACCUACCUGCUCCCACCUGAGCCUGAGCGACAACUGCACUGCGGCUUGUGCACUGGGUAUUCUUGCAGAAUGUCGAUGCCCUGACGGCAAGUUCCUACAAGAUGGUGAGUGUGUCAAUGCCAGCCAGUGUUUGUGCCACUUGGACGGGCAGACCUUGCAGCCAGGUGAAGUGGCCAGCAGAGGCCAGUGUGACAAAUGUGAGUGCAAAGAUGGCCGCCUUGUCUGCGAAGCUUCAAGCUGUGUGCCGAGCUGUCACUGGUCCACCUGGUCAACGUGGUCUCCGUGUGAUGUGACGUGUGGAGUGGGUCUGCAGCAACGAUACAGAUCUGCUGUGAACCCCGGAGUUCAGCACUGUCCAGGAGACUCCUUAGAAGCGAGACACUGCAGUGCCAGCCCCUGUGAGUCAGAGCCAGGCGAUGAACAUCCGAUCGGUAAAUGGACCAGCUGGUCCGAAUGCAGCAAAACAUGUUUCCACCACGUUGAUGAUGUCGGAGUCAGACAGCGGUUCCGUAUCUGCAACAGCACAGACUCUGCGUGUAUGAGCCACAACAGGGAGCGGGAGCCUUGCAACACAGAGCACUGUCCAGUCCAUGGUGAGUGGUCUGAGUGGUCGGCAUGGUCUGCGUGUUCAUUGGAGUGUGAUUCUGGAGCUCAAACAAGAGAGCGAUUCUGUAACUCGCCUUCACCCAAGCAUGGUGGCAGCACCUGCCCGGGCCCACACGUGCAGACCAGCGACUGCAACACCCAUCCUUGUUUAGGAACGUGUCCAGAGGGCAUGGUGUACAUGUCAGCAGCUCAGUGUGAGCAGCAGGGUGGCGCUUGUCCUCGGAGCUGCAUGGACAUGACCUCGUCCGAGGUUCAGUGCACUACCUCCUGUUACGACGGAUGCUACUGCGCACCAGGAUUCUUCCUGCUCAAUGGUAGCUGUUUGCACCUGUCCGAGUGUCCAUGCUACCAUCAGGGGGAGCUGGUUCCAUCCGGUACCACGCUGCCUGUCGAUGCAUGCAACAACUGCACAUGCUCUGGUGGAAACAUGACGUGUGGGACCGAUCUUUGUCCUGUGGACUGCCGCUGGAGCAGCUGGUCCCAGUGGAGCUCCUGCAGCCGAACAUGCGAUGUGGGCGUCAGAAGAAGAUAUCGUUCAGGCAAUCCAUCUCCGCAGUUUGGAGGCCGACCUUGUGAAGGGCCGAGAGUCGGGGUUGAUACGUGUAGUCUUGAACCCUGUUUCGGGGUGCAAGAGCCGUGGAGUGCCUGGUCGGAGUGUUCUGUGUCCUGUGGUGGCGGAUACCGUACCAGAAUCCGUGGAGCGUUCCGGUUGCAUGGCACAGCACACCAAUUCAGCGCCUGUAAUCUGCAGCCAUGUGAUGACGGGAGACCAUGUCCACCGGGCAUGGAGUGGAAGGAGUGCAUGAGUGGAGCUGUGAUGUGUCAGGACCUCAUGAUGGACCUCGGCCGAAACUGCACACCAGGAUGUCAGUGUUCAGAAGGUACCGUCCAGCAGGAUGGAGCAUGUGUUCUGGAGUCUGACUGUCGCUGUGAUGUGGAUGGGAAGCAGCACCAACCAGGAGAGCACGUCAUCACUCAGUGCAACAACUGCACGUGUGAUGCAGGGAGGCUGGUCAACUGCUCUCAAGUCAGUUGUAACGUCGAUGGGCAGUGGUCGCCGUGGACGCCUUGGGGCGAAUGCUCAGUGUCGUGUGGCACUGGACUUCAGUCUCGGUACCGCUUCUGUUCCAGCCAAGAUCCUGCCAGUGGCCUUCCGUGUGUGGGCCCUUAUCGUGAGGAUCAAGUCUGCAUUAAAUCAACAUGUGACCGUGAUGGCAGCUGGGGCGAAUGGGGUCCUUGGACCGACUGUUCCAAGUCCUGUGGUGGCGGUAUCCAUUUUCGUCGCAGAGACUGUGACAGUCCGAGUCCAGAAGGCCAGGGAGAUUACUGUGAGGGGCUCGGGACUGAUUUGCAGUUGUGCAACACAGACCACUGUCUUGUGUCAGCCUGUUCUGCUAUUCCGGGAACUGUGUUCAGUAGCUGUGGUCCGUCCUGCCCUCGCUCCUGUGAUGACCUCACUCACUGUGAUUGGCGCUGUGAGCCCGGCUGCUACUGCACCGACGGGAAAGUCCUGUCCGCCAAUGGAACAGUUUGUUUAGACCAGGAAGAUUGCACGUGCCUGGACCUCAGUUCCGGGCUGCGUCUGGAACCUGGCGAAAACAUCACAGCUCAGGAUGGAUGUAACAAUUGCACAUGCCAAGAGGGGGCACUACACUGCACCACAAACCUCUGUCCAGUAUCUGGGGGAUGGUGUGAGUGGUCAGAGUGGACGCCUUGCUCCAGGACGUGUGGAGCUGAGUCAGUGACCCGAUACAGAAGCUGUAGCUGUCCCCAGCCCAGAGAUGGAGGAGCACCUUGUGAUGGAGAUCAGGAAGUUUACCACGGAAUCGGGGCUCAAAUCCAAACACAGCCCUGUCCAGUUAUCACAUUUUGUCCAGUCCAUGGUUCCUGGAGCCCCUGGUCACCUUGGUCAGAGUGCGACAGCUGCACUGGGUCGUCCACUCGCAUCAGGAGUUGCAACACACCUGUGCCCCGGUUUGGGGGGCUGCCGUGUCUUGGGGAGAGCAGACAGAAUCAGGCUUGCCAUGACAACGUCACAGAUUGUUCAGAGUGUGGUGGAGGCCAAGAAGAAUGGCCAUGUGGAAAGCCCUGCCCUCGCUCGUGUUCAGACCUGGACGGUGACACGGCCUGCUUAGACUCUCCAGGGUGCAGUAAGACCUGCGGUUGUCCCGGUGACAAAGUCCUUCAGGAUGGCAUGUGUGUGAACCGGGAAGAGUGCCGCUGCAAGUACGACAACAGCUCUGCUGCUGAUACCGGGAGUGGGUCGUAUUCCAACCCUGAGGAGAUAGACUGGCAGUUUGCAAAUCCAGGGGACAGCAUCAUCACCGACUGCAAAAACUGCACUUGUGACACCGGGGUCCUCCAGUGUCAGUCAGUCCCCGGCUGUCAUGUGGACGGCGGAUGGGGUCAGUGGGGAGAAUGGACCCCAUGUUCCCUUCCAUGUGGUGGAGGAACCAGGUCCAGAAGCAGAAAAUGUGACAACCCCUCUCCUCAAAGUGGCGGGAGGGGAUGCCUGGGGGACUCAGAUCAGAAGACGAAGUGCAACACUGACCUGUGCACAGACCCAGACGGACCAUGGUUGCCCUGGUCUGACUGGUCCGUGUGUUCCGUCAGCUGUGGUGGAGGACAGAUGUUUCGAUUUCGCAUUUGCAGUUCUUCCUACUGCGCCGGACCAAGCCUGCAGUCCAAGAGCUGUAACACUGAAGUCUGCCUGGAUGUGGGCUGCCCUCCGGGAAGGCUCUACAGGGAGUGCGCCAGAGGGGAAGGUUGUCCGUUCAACUGCGCCCAGGUCAGUGGCCGAGAGGGCUGCUACUCUGAUGGUUGUGAGGAAGGCUGCCACUGCCCGCUGAACACCUACCAAUAUGAAGGAUCAUGUAUUCCAGAAUGCCCCUGUCGGGUCGACAAGCUGUUCCUGACAGCCCUGCAGGACGUCUCGAUCACACCAGUGUUGGUGCUUCUGCAUCAGAACAUCUCUGAGGGAAUGGAUGUUCAGUCUGGGGAAUCGCUGACUCAUGACUGCAGCACCUGUGUUUGUGAACAUGGACUAUGGAACUGCACUCUAGAACACUGUCCAGUGGAUGGCGGCCUUUCACCCUGGGGUCCGUGGAGUCCCUGCUCACUCUCUUGUGGUGGCUUAGGGCUUAAAGCUCGUAUUAGAGGCUGCAACCAACCUGCUCCAGCUCAUGGUGGAAAAGGCUGCUCUGGAGCGCUACUGGAAACCACCUAUUGCCAAGCUCCUGAGUGCCCUGUUGGACCGACUGAAGAACCACUACAACCAGAUGGAGGGGUUGAUGAGGAUCCAGACUUCUCUCCCUGGUCUCUGUGGACUCCCUGCUCUAAGACUUGCAGCGAGGCUCACAGCCCAGCCAUUAAAUCCCGCCAGCGAGAGUGUCUCAAGCCACCCUGUGCUGGCAACCCACACCAAGAGAAGGCAUGCAACCUUCCCCAGUGCCCUGAUGGCAGUGAAGGUUGCAUCGGACCCAGUUGUGCUGAGAAAAACUGCUCCUGGACCGAGUGGGGCGAGUGGAGCUCCUGCUCAAGGUCUUGUGGAGUGGGCCAGCAGCAAAGGAUCAGAACUUUCCUAAGCCCCGGCGUAAAUGGUUCAUGGUGUGAGGACAUCCUUGAGGGAAACAUAGAUCAUCGCUUCUGUAACAUCCGGCCAUGCAAAGUGAAUGGCGGUUGGUCGCGAUGGAGUCCUUGGUCCCGCUGUGAUAAGACCUGCGGGGGUGGACGUUCCAUACGCACCCGCUCCUGCUCCAGUCCACCGCCAAAAAAUGGUGGGAUGAAAUGUGAGGGAGAGAAGAACCAGGUCAAGCCCUGCAACACCAGACCCUGUGAUGAGAAAAAGUGCCCGCCAGGACAGGAGGCGGUGUCAUGUGCAAACCAAUGUCCCCAGCGCUGCUCAGACCUGCAGCAAGGUAUUGAGUGCCAGAGCAAUGCUGAAUGUCAACCGGGCUGUCGCUGCCCCGAAGGACAGUUGCUGCAGGAUGAGGUGUGUGUGCAACUGUGGCAGUGCGACUGUGUGGACUGGCAGGGUCAGAUCUGGGCGGCCGGCAGCUCCCAUCAGGUGGACUGCAAUAACUGCAGCUGCUCUAAUGGACAGCUCCUGUGCACCAAUCACAGCUGCCAGGCUGCCUGCACCUGGAGCGCCUGGUCCAGCUGGGCCUCCUGUAGCGUUAGUUGUGGGACUGGCCAAAGAACCAGAUACAGAUCUCUGAUCUCAGAAAUGGAUGGAACAGAUUGCCAAUUUGAGGAAGUGCAACAUAAACCCUGCGAUCCAGGACCCUGUCCGCCUCUGUGUCUCCAUGACAACCGCGAGCUCACAGUUGGGGACACCUGGCUGGAGGGAGAGUGCAAGCAAUGCACGUGCACUCCAGAGGGAGAUUACUGCCAAGACAUUGAUUGUCGAGUGGAUGGGGAUUGGACUCCGUGGUCAGUGUGGUCUGAUUGUACAGUCACCUGUGGGAAGGGUGCGCAGGUGCGAUCCCGGGCCUGCAUCAAUCCUCCACCACGCAACAACGGAUCAUACUGCAUCGGCUCAGACAGAGAAAUCCAGGAUUGUGAAACGUCUCCUUGUUUGGAUGACCUUUGCCCUUGGUCGCCAUGGUCACCGUGUUCCAUCAGCUGCGGUGCCGGGACAAUAGCGCGUCGCAGGAUGUGUGAAUGUGGCCAGGGAGGGAAUGUAGAGUGUCCUGCUGAGGUAGAGGCAGCGGGCAAACAAGAGGAGAUCCAACUGUGCUACGAACAGCCUUGUCCAGACUGCCCAAUGUCUCAGUGGAGCAGCUGGUCUCCAUGUUCCUGUGACACCCAGAUGCAGCUGCGCUAUCGUGUAGCAAUCAUCCCAGCCUUUAGAGGGCAACAUUGCUCUCCUAUAGAGACAGCGGUCAGGGCCUGCAGUCUGACUGAGUGUGACAAAGAGUGUGAAGCACCGUUCGAGUACUCCGAUUGUGGCUCCCCCUGUGAGAAAACAUGUGCACUGCAAGGGAAUGAAGAUCACUGCUCACGAGCGAGACAGUGUGAACCUGGCUGCUAUUGCCCAGAGGGUCAGAUGCAGCAGAACGGUACCUGUGUCCCCACCCAUCAGUGUGGCUGCAUCUUUCUCCAUGAGACUGGCCCUUACACACCUCCCGCUGUUGUCACGAUACCACAGGGUGGCGUGGUCUCUAUUGGCUGCAGCACCUGUCUUUGCCAUGAUGGGAGUUUUGAAUGCGACACGAGAGAAUGUCAAGUCUUCCUCAGUGAGUGGACGGAGUGGAGCCCCUGUUCCCCCUGUGUCCCCUCCACCAUCGUGCCGGACAUCGACUUACUGACUCAAGGCGGAAGAAGAAUGGUGUCCUUUCGGAAGCGUUUCCGGGCCUGUUUAGACAUGGAUUCUGGUCAGCCAGUGUCUGGAGAGGAAGCAGAAAGACAAUGUCCCGGCCCAUUGGUGGAGGUGUCGUUAUGUCCUGACCAAAACGUCUGCAGAGAUGUUUGUGAGUGGAGUUCGUGGAGUGCCUGGACGGCUUGUUCGGAGCCGUGCAGUGGUGGAGUCAGGCAGCGCUACAGGCAACCACUGACUGACAAUCCCGGACCCCGUUGUUGGAGCCAGGAGACUCAAAGCCAGAACUGCAACACUAGACUCUGUCCUGGAGAACAUUGUGAGGACAGGGGGCGGAUCUAUCAAGAUGAUUGUGCGAAUAAGUGUCCUCGGAGGUGUACAGACUUGUGGGAGCAUGUGCAGUGUCUACAAGGAGCUUGUAAUCCAGGUUGUCGUUGUCCAGAGGGACAGCUAUGGCAGGACAACAGCUGCGUGCCAGUGACAGAGUGUCGAUGUGGUAUCCCAUCAGGAAUUGGGACGCUGGAGAUUAACCCGAAAGAGGAGCUCACUGUGGAUUGCAACAACUGUGUGUGUGAGAACGGCACCCUGGUGUGCACAGAGCUCCCCUGCCCUGUGUACGAGCCCUGGAGCCCCUGGAGCGCCUGCUCCGUGUCGUGUGGGACUGGCCUGAGGAUCAGGACUCGCUCCUGCCACCACACUGAGGGCGGGCCGACCUGUGACAGUACUGUGGAGACUGAAGCCUGUAUAAUGUCGACUUGCCCAGCUGGGUGUUUGCUGAGCGAGUGGUCGACAUGGAGUGAGUGCAGCGCCUCAUGUGACGGCGGCAUGUCCGUGCGGCGCAAGAUGGUCAUUCGGGAGCCUGAACCUGGUGGAGCGGACUGUGAGGAACCUCUUGUGCAGCAUGUUGUCUGCAACACUAAAAGCUGCCUGACAGAUUGUCCCAGCAACCAGGUCUUCAGUGACUGUGCUGGCUUGUGUCCCUAUACUUGUGAGGACUUGUGGUUGCACAACCAGUGUGUACCUGUGCCCUGCAGCCCUGGAUGCACUUGCCCACCUGGCCAGGUCUUGCACGACGGCUCCUGUGUACCUCACUCCGAGUGCCCUUGUGCCCCACACGCUCUACUGAGCGGAUACCCCAGAUGGAACAUCAGCAUGGUGGAAUGGUCUCAUAUUAUGUUGCCCCCUGGGACCACCAUACAGCAGCAGUGCAACUUUUGUGUGUGUGAGAACGGCGUCUUCAACUGCACGUCAGAUAACUGUGAUGUGGACUGUGAGUGGACCGGGUGGUCUGAGUGGAGCCCAUGCUCGACCACAUGUGGUUCAGGUGAGCAGAUCUCCAGUCGGACUGUCCUCCAGCCCAGUCAGUACGGCGGUACUGCGUGUGAAGGUCCAUCCUACCGCAAGAGGACCUGCAUUGCUCCCAACUGUGUGUGUCCCAUCAAUGAGCAGUGGAGGAAAAGUUCCACGGAAGACGCCCUGCUAUGCGAGCGAACCUGCGAAGACAUUUACUCUCUGAUCCCGCUCAACUGCAGUCUCGCCUUUGAAGGCUGCGUGUGUGAGGAGGGGCUCUACCGAAAUGCCACGGGUGCUUGUGUUAUACCUGCCCACUGCCCAUGUCAUGACCAGGGCCUGGUGCACGAGCCAGGGUCACAGUGGGAGGAGGGCUGUUCGUCCUGUCACUGUGUGAACGGGCAGAAGGUCUGCCAACUGCGGUGUCCCGAGCUCCGAUGUCCUGAGGGCCAGGUGAAGGUGGAGGAGCCGGGGAACUGCUGUCCUGUGUGUAAGAAACUUUUCCCAGGCGAGCUCGAGUCUGAAUGCCAUCGAUACGUGCAGGUCAGGAACAUCACGAAGGGAAACUGUUGGCUUGACAAUGUGGAGGUCAGCUUCUGCCGCGGACAGUGCUUGUCCCGGACCGACGUCAUCCUGGAGGAGCCGUACCUGCGGUCGGUCUGCGACUGCUGCAGCUACCGACUGGACCCUCACAAUCCUGUGCGCUUCUUGAGUCUCCAGUGCCCGGAUGGAGAGCAAGAGCCGGUCGUCCUGCCCAUCAUCCACAGCUGCGAGUGCACCAGCUGCCAAGGGGGCGACCUGUCCAAGCGCUGAGUGUGUCCAUGUGUGUCCAUGUGUGUCUGUUGUUAUACACAUUCUUCUGCGCUCAUUAGUCAUCAUAUGACUGGAAGCUUCUGCUGAUUCUGUUCUGUGUAUUCUUCUAAUGUACAGCCUUUUUCUACUAUAUUUUUUAUAAUAUUAAAGGGCCUGUGAUUCCGUCGGUUCAUUAAGCAACCACGCGCUGUUAAAAAAUAUAUAUCCUUGUGUCCCUCAAAAUCCUUUUGUUUUCCAAGCUGAGCUGCUGAUAGUGUAAUGUUCGAAGGGGGGAAUCGGGGAGCGGACAAUAAAUCUUGGAUGCUCACAGAGGAAACUGCUUACUGUUUUUUUCGA